AUGAUUACGCGAGGGCGGUGCCAAGUAGGAGAUAAGCGACGACGAGAACCUCACCGGUAGUUGCAUCCUUUGCUUUACCCAUUUAUAAGCACCUUGUUUAGCUACCGUUAGCCGUUUAUACCAACCAGCUCACAAACAAUUGCUGUUGUUUUUUUUUGUAUGUCACGAAUUCCAUUCAUAUCUGUCAAGAAUUCGAAACGGAAAAUAAACCACAUUAUGGAGACGGAGAUACACGUGCCUGUGGGGUCGCCGGUAAUUCGAAAAUUCCCGAUUUUCGUGGAGGAACAUAACGUUACCGAUGGGGCAAUGAAGCUGGUAAAGCAGCUUCGGCCAGCGUGGGACAUGAACCAUGUCAAGACCAAGCUCUUCACUGAUGGGACCACUAAUAAGCUGGUGGGUUGUUAUGUGGAUGCCAGUCCAGAGGACAUGGUUCUGGUGCGUGUGUAUGGGAACAAGACGGAGCUGAUCGUCGACCGAGACAACGAGCUCAAGAGCUUCCAGGUUCUACAUGCUAACGGCUGUGCGCCGCGCCUCUACUGCACCUUCCAGAAUGGCCUCUGCUACGAGUUCAUGCAGGGGGACGCCCUCGGAACACAGGAUGUCAGGGACCCGAUCUUACUCAGGCUAAUAUCCAGGGAGAUGGCUCGUAUCCAUGCGAUCCACGCACAUAACGGCUGCAUCCCCAAACCCAACCUGUGGAUCAAGAUGAGGAAAUAUUUCUCUCUGGUCGCCACAGAGUUCACAGAGCAAGCCUCCAACGCCAGGAUCCAGCAGGAGGUGCCCAGCCAGGCAGUGUUGGAGCAGGAGAUGGUGUGGAUGAAGGAACACUUGUCUCAGCUGGGCUCUCCUGUGGUGCUCUGUCACAACGACCUGCUCUGCAAGAAUAUCAUCCACAACAGCAAAGAAGGCCAUGUCCGGUUCAUAGACUAUGAAUACUCUAGUUACAACUAUCAGGCCUUUGACAUCGGGAACCACUUCAACGAGUUUGCUGGUAUGAGUGAGCUGGACUAUGGGCUGUAUCCUAGCCGUGAGAUGCAGCUGGAGUGGCUGCGUGUGUAUCUGCAGGCGUACAAACUGUCCACUAAGAAAGGAGAGGAGGUCAGCGACAGAGAGCUGGAGAGACUCUACAUACAGGUCAACAAGUUUGCUCUGGCAUCACACUUCUUCUGGGGCUUCUGGGCACUCAUCCAGGCCAAGUACUCCUCCAUCGAUUUUGACUUCCUGGGGUAUGCUGUGCUGCGCUUCAACCAAUACUUCAAGACCAAACCUGCAGUGAUGGCUCUACAGAUCCCAGAAUGAGAGGAGGAGAAGAGGGACCCCAUCACUGGCACUGACCAGUGGAGCAGACACACUUUGAGCAGGAGAGGGCUGUGCUGGGGGAUGAGGGACAAAAGUUGGGGUUGAGCAUUAUUAAUGGGGUCGAGGGGUGGGGUAAAUAACAUUUAGAGGGCCGAGUGUGGAUGGACCACAACAUUUUUUCCAAACUCGGUCCCUGGCAGCAAGUGCAAAUACUAUUUAAUUCCUCUUCAACUCUGUCCACCUCAUCAAGAUUCCCCAAAACAGCCAGGGGUGGUCUGUGUGUAAAUGUGUCUUUAUUUAUUUAUUCUGUGAAGAAUUGAUUGACCUACUGACGUAAGAUUAAUUCCCCAGGCAGACUGGUAGCUGAAACACUAGCUGAGUCCGGGAGCAUUUGGUGCCAACAUGGAGAACAGUGUGCAGACAGUUGUGUAUUUAUGGGCUCUGAGUUUUCCCUGUGGUUGUGUUCAAGGUGUGUAGUGUAGGAGAGAGGGCAGCCAGCCUGUCCUUAAUGUAGGCACUGAUCUGAGAGGAUUUCUUAAGCAAUAUGGUCAUGGUUUCACCAUGAAAAUAGUGUAUUCGUUCAACUCAGAUCUACACGAAGUGGCUAGGAGUUGACGUAGACCUGAAGUUGUAGUUGCUUUGCAGUGAAUGUGGCAUUGCCGUGUAGGUUAGAGGGGCUAGCCACGGCAAGACGGUGAUAUGGUCCUUUACUAAUGUCUGUGACAGCAGAGCUGCCUCCGUGGCCAGGAGCAGCUUUGUGUCACUGGUGCUAGACUUUAAACCAGGGCCCUGUUCUCCCUCUGCCUCUUUUCCACCACUUUAGCUUUUAUAGUUAUGGUGACUCGCUCUGUUAAACUUUGCACUCAGACUACUCUGAAAAUCACAACCUCAAUCACCUCUGCCUUCCCCAGUAUCUGACCCCUCUUCCUCCCCCUUUCUCUCACCUCCCUCUGCCCUUUUACACUUCCUCGACUCUCUUGAUUGGCUGAGGUGGUGGAGGGACUUUUGCCUGAAGUGCACAUAUUCACGGUAACAUCCCAACCUCCAUCCAUUCAGUCAUAACUUCCCUAAAAAGGAGCCAGAAUCUUAUACAAUAGGUUAUUGCGUAAACUGUCAGAGCCAGUGCUUCAAAGGGUGUGGAAUCGCUAACCCCAAUGUUGUUCUGAAGCUUAUCAGGAUGUGAGUGAGGUGGCCAAGGACAAGACAGCAGGGUAAAGUCCACACUGAGCCAGCAACCACUUCCUUCUCUGACUGACAUCAUGAUCUUUGGAGGAACUCUUAACACCUUCCUUUAUCCCGGUCCCCCCUCCCUUCCUCUCCAGCCCUCUCAGAUCAGAAGAUCAACAUGUAAGGGGAAGUAGAGGAGAGCCGUAUUAGGAUGUCAUAAGCCUGUCCUGUGAUCCCUGGCUGUCUCCUGUUACUGACAGGGUUAAUAAUUCACCGAUAUAGGAGGCUGGAGGCUUGAUGUAGGAUUGUGUCUAUUCUAUACAGUACAUUUCUAUCUGCAACAUUCCAAACCAUUUAUGUCAUUGAGUCAGCGGAAUUGGUUGAGAGAAUCUUGUAGUGUUUCCUAAAUGGAUGGUCAAGGCCCUCUUGUAUACAUUUUUAAAGGCCGUUAUGGACAGAGACGACACUUUGAAAGGCUUCAGGUGAGUCACAGCUCACCACCAACUGUUCUGUCGGCCCAGGGUUGAACUAACAGGUGACAAAGUGCAAUGAAUUCCUGUUUAUCGUAGAUGUACAUAUGUGAAUGUGUUUCCUUUGAGUUGACCGUAACAUUUCAGUGAGACUUAACUGUAUUCCUGUUAGGGUGCAUCUCAACCAUCUUAGAGUGGAUUCCUUUCCUUCAUCUACACUAAUAGGAAACAAUUAGAUUGAUGACAAAUGAAUCCACCAUAUUGCUUUCAUCCUGUUUUCAGACGUGUGGUGCUGAAGGAGAGAAGAGGGAGACACUAGAUGGAGACUGACCAUAAGAGUAAGAGGGAGACACUAGAUGGAGACUGACCAUAAGAGUAAGAGGGAGACACUAGAUGGAGACUGACCAUAAGAGUAAGAGGGGGAGACACCAUAAGAGGGAGACACGGUGGUCGAAUGUCAAGAUGUUCUAUGCACCAAAGCACUCCUGGUGGUCUGUGGUUACAUUCAACUAAACUAGUCAGACACUAGAUUGCCAGGCUACAACAGAAGUGGCAACAUAGGUUAAUGGUUGAGCUUUGUGAUUAGAAAGCAACAGACUACUUCAUGCUAGCAUGGCCAGAUAGAUGACUAAAUUUCUGCUUCCUGAAUGCACAACCAAAAAUGACCCUGGGUUUCAUGGAAAUGCACCCCACUUAUUGAAGUGGUAGACCAACUACGGCAGGCUAGGGCUGCUUUCCUCUUCUUAAAUAUGCCCUUAACUCCCUUCACAAAAUGUAAAUGAUUAUGCUUAUUGCUACUACUAGUCUUUUUAGAAACUCCCUCCAGCCUAACACCUAUCCAAUCCUCUCAGAUCUUUGAGGGCAAGCCAGCAGGAGGGGUUUGACUAGGUCUACUAGUCAAAUCUAUAAAGUAGUAUUUUUAUACACUACUACAGCACAUACCUUCACUGGACAAAUGUUGAAAGAGCUUUUGAAUGUGUCCUAGAAGACUUUUUUACAUUUGAAGUAAAGGAAGUAAGUUCCCCAUUUAGAAAAAUAGCCAAUAAUACACAUGUAGGAAGUUAAAUGUGCGCUAAUGUGGGACUUGAUUUUAUUCUUUCAACAUAACCCUGUAGAUAUGUGCUGACUGGAAGGGUUACAUCCUGACGGUGGUAAUUGUAGACUAGAGAUGUGUUGAAGGGCGUAUUCAUGUUUUCAUUUUACGUUGUCUAUAUACACAUACCAAAAUGGUUAGCUUCAUAAGGCUUGCAGUUCAUUUGCAAAUAACUUAAACACUACAGAAAACUAGAUUCUACUUUCUCCAUAUUUUCUUUUUUGACUGUUGAAUUUUAGGUGAGUGUAGGGAGUCAGCGGUCGUAAAUACUAAGACAUACUGUGAAUUUGACUGUACAGUGAUCCUCCACACUUGAGUGCUGGGGAGAGUAACAUUGGUUAGUAAAUAUUUCCAUUAAACGUUGAACUAUU